AUGUUCACCGCCGUCGGCAGGGCCACUGCCCGCCGCAUCCAAGCACCAUCUGCCCACCCCGCGGCCGCCGCCCAAUUGCUCCUCCGCCAGGCCCCGGCAACCUCUGCGCUCCCCAUCCGGGCCUUCUCAGCCUCUGCUCCCGCCCACCUGCCCGCCGCGAGCGACAAGAAGUCCAAGGCUACGGCCAAGAAGCCCGCCGCCAAGAAGAAGCCUGCCGCGACGACCAAGAAGGCCGCGCCCGUAGCCAAGAAGACCAACGGGAGACCCAAGAAGGAGGUUGACCCCGAGGAGAAUAAGAAGGCUGAGAUCCGUCAGCUCAAGAAAUGGGCUCUCAGGGACACACCCGCCGCGCUGCCUCACACCAAAUGGGCCCAGUUCGUCGCUGACAACAAGGACGUGCUGAAGGGCUCUUCCGGCCUUGGUCCUCAUAUGGCUGGUCUUUCCAGCAAGUUUCACAGUCUCUCUGCUGCCGAGAUUAGCAACCUUGAGAACAUAGCUGCAGCCAACCGUGAGAAGAACGCCGCCAACCUCAAGGCUUGGAUCAGGACCCACGAGCCGGCGCGUAUUCACAUCGCGAACCAGGCCCGCCGCCGCCUCACCAAGCUUACAGACAAGAAUUACAGAGUCUUUGAGGACGACCGCCUGCCCAAGAGGCCCCUGAGCUCCUACACCAACUUCACUGUCGAGAACUGGCCGCGUCUAGGUGGCAGCGACGCCAUCGAUGGUUCCAAGAAUAUCAGCGAGGCCUGGAAGGCCCUGAGCCCUUCCGAGAAAGCUGUCUACGAGGAGAAGACCGCCCAAGCCUCGGCCAAGUACGAAGCUGAGAUGGAGGUCAUCCAGGCGCGCGCCGAUGCCAUCAAGGCCGAGGCGGAUCCCAAGAGCAAGAAAUAG